AUGCAUUGGCUAACGUUUAUUUCUUCAACAGUAGUUCUUUUCUUAUUGCUGAAUGGAAUUCAUUGCAAUACAGAGAAGGAUAUCAAUGUUCUUCAACAGAUUAUUGAUCGUUUAACUGAUGCAGAAAAACAAAAGUUACUGCAAUCACUUUCUGCAAAUUCUGAUCAAGGUCGACAAGAUAAUUCCAAUUGGUGCUGUAGUAUUGACCCAGGCGUAGAAGCUAUAGCCCGAACACGUCAAACUACCUACACUGUUCAACGACAUGCUCGUACAAAAUGUGGUUACAGUGGUUGUGGCUUGUUCGGUUGGUCAUCAUGUACACGCUGGUGUGAUAAUUAUUGGUCAGAAGUGCAACAUGGUGUAGAAACAUACAUGGUCUAUCAAGGACGUGUUUGUCCAGCUUCAAAUCUCGUCUGUUGCGCUGGUUUCAUCACCGUUAUUAAUCACUGCUUUACCUAUCAAGAAGUCAUGAAUAAUAAAGAUAUCUUGGAGAUGAUUGUUGCCCUCGGUAUUCCCAUUAAUCCAACAAUGGGUUAG